AUGGCAGCAGAGCAGAGCAGAGCAGAGCAGAGCAGAGCAGAGCAGAGCAAACAUUUGAAGCAGAGCAAAGCACAAGCGGCAUUGGAUUGGUAUCCCAGACAUGGCCAAGACAAACCCGGGCCUUGCCCUGUCUUGCCUCGCCUCGCCUCGCCUCGCCUCGCCUUGCCUCACACGCCACGCUACGCCACAGCCACGCCCCCUCCGCCGCCGGCCCCUCACCCCUCCAACGGCCUGCCAAAAGCCAGGCAGAGGCAGGCCCACGAAACCAAACCUUGA